AUGCUGCACCUAUCCUCUUGUUCACCAUGUACAGAAGUGUAUGAGCCAACAGGUGAGAUUUUGGGUACUGGCUCAUUUGGGAGUGUGCAAACUUAUAGAAGUAUCAAGGACCAUAAGGAGUUUGCUGUUAAGAUUGUCGAAAAGAAAUCAUCGAAGACAAGGAAGAAAGUUUUGAAGGAGAUAGAAUUGUUUCACCAUUGCAGAGGACAUCCGAACAUUCUUCAGAUGAUUGAGUACUUUGAGGAAGCAGAUGUAUUCUACCUGGUGUUUGAGAAGAUGGAAGGGGGAACCCUGCUAAGUACCAUUGGCAAGAGAGGUCACCUGACUGAACAAGAGGCAAGCCUGGUCAUCAGGGAUGUCGCCAACGCCAUCUCACACCUACAUAAGAAAGGAAUAGCUCAUCGAGACUUGAAGCCGGAGAACAUACUCUGUGCCCUGCCGAAUCAGCUGACACCAGUCAAGUUAUGUGACUUUGACCUUGGCAAUGACAUUCACAUCAAUAGCAAAAGGACCUCCCCCAUCACCACGCCUGUUUUGCAGUCUCCGGUUGGCUCGGUGGAGUUCAUGGCUCCGGAAGUUGUGGAUGUGUGGCAGGAUGUUGCCAACUCCUACAACAAGAGAUGUGACUUGUGGAGUCUUGGAAUUAUCUUGUACAUACUUCUGUGUGGUUAUGUACCUUUCUAUGCAAACUGUGGGGACAGUUGCGGGUGGGAGAACGGAGGAGCAUGCACUGCCUGCCAGGAUAUCCUGUUUGACAACAUCCAACUGGGCAUCUACGACUUCCCUGAGAAGGAAUGGUCCAGCAUUUCAAUGAGUGCCAAGGAUCUGAUCAGUCACCUUCUCGUCAGAAAUCCAGCCGAGAGGUACAGUACAGAGGAGGUACUUCAGCAUCCGUGGAUCACUACAGAUGGGGAGGAGCUCCCUCUUGCUACCCCUGAUGUCCUUAAAAAGACAAACAGCGUUCGGGAACUGCAAGUAUUCACUGAGAAUGCCAACGCGGCGAACCGAAAAAUUCAACAGGAACUCUCCAGGAGUGUUAGCAAAUCUUCAGGACUGACUCUGCUGACUCAUCCUGCCUGUAGAAAGUCAGGUAGGUUGGAAGACGAUGAGAGAAGAAGGUCACUUAGUAGUCUGCAUAAUUUUGAUCUUGAUGACGACUCCGACAUUGACUGUGGCUUAGUUAUGAGUUCGCCCCCUCGGAACGCCAUCACCAUUCCACCUAGGAACAAUACGUUUCAGGGAAUCACCAGAUCAGGGAAGAACCGUUCGAGAUAUGGCAACCACGAAGGUGGGUACGGCGAUGGCCUGCAGAUCGAGUCAUUCUCUGAUUCCGGUAAGGAUUAUCUUCCUUUAAUGAAUUUUUAUUAUUGA